AUGAAAAAUCAGCCCACACCUGCAGGACUUUCAAGAAAUUCGACAGACGAUGUCACUUCUGAAGGGUAUUACAAAUCAGUCACCGUUGGACCAUUGGUUGUUUGGAGUCUCCUCCUAAGCUUUAUCGCUCUCACUAUUAUUUUGUCAAACACACUUGUUAUUUUUUCAUUCAUCAAGUAUGCCAAAUUGCGCACGCGCACCAACUGCCUAAUAAUUAGCCUCGCUGUGGCGGACUUACUGGUCGGUCUCGUUUCCGUACCUGGUUGGCUAAUCCUUAUUCACAAAGAGGAAAAUCAAAGGUCUACUUGGUAUAGCGUUCUCAUGGAAAUAUGGUAUGUCUUUGAGAUCCUUAGCGGAGUGGGGUCCAUAUUUCAUCUAAUGGCUCUAAGCUGGGAUCGACUGUGUGCCAUUGUAUGGCCGCUGAAGCAUCGUUCAUACACUAAAACGAAAUAUCUGGUUAUAAUCUUCGUAGCUUGGUCAGUGGCAACGCUAGUGUCAGGGCUCUCUGUAACUGGAAAUAGGAAUUCGCCACAAGCGUACAACAUGACAGUUAUUUGCCUGUGUUUCUUCCUGCCUCUUGUUCUGAUCUUUUUAGCCCAAGGAAUAACUUUGGUCACUAUCAAACGCAACAUUGCUAAAUUUCACCAUAGCUCCAGCCUGAAGCGGGAUGUCAGAGCGACUAAAACAAUUCUUAUCAUGAUAGGCUUGUUUUUGAUUGCCUGGCUGCCAUUCUUUUCUUUGGGUUUGGUUCGUUUCAUACAAGACGACCACUCUGCAUUACCCGCAAACGCAAUCUUUGCAGUCAAAAUGUUGCAAUACAGUAAUUCACUUUUUAAUCCCAUUCUUUACGGGCAAAAGUUUCCAGAAUUCAGAAAAGCAUACAUAAUGAUUUUAUGUUCUGCCAAAAGUGAUGGUGACAGCGCACGGUUUGCAAUUUCUUCAUCAGUAAACACAAAUAACUUUGGAACUUCUUCGUCCACUAUUCGUGCGUUAUGUCCUCCUCCACAAAGAUCUCACAGAUUAUUACGUGCCUUGAUAAGGCAGCAUGACGAGAAGAUAGACAAACCACAGGAAGAGGAGGAGCUGACGUUCAUGGACAGUGGUCUUUGA